CAUUGGACAUCAGUGAGUAACAACAAUUACCUCGGAGUAACUGCACAUUUAAUCAGUGACACGUGGGAACUGAAGUCUUUUGCGCUGACUAUAUUAAAAACUGAGGAGCGUCAUUUUGCGGAGGCUUGUAAAGAACAGUUCCUGUCUGUUGCACGUGAGUGGGACAUCGAGGGCAAGACUACAACCAUUGGGACUGACAGUGCACGCAACAUGGUUGCCGCAAUUCGACUUACACGCUAUGAACACAUGAACUGUGUCGCUCACAUGGUGCAGAGAAGUGUCACAGUGAGUCUUGCUGACAGCGGCUUUGUAAAUGCUUUGGCCAAGGCUCGCAAAGUUGUCGGUCAUUUUAAGCACAGCCCAGCAAAUGCUGCGGAGCUUCAAGCACAACAAGUCAGCCUGGGAAAGAAGCAAGAGCCAUUGAUCCAGGAUGUUCCAACACGUUGGAAUUCGACGCUGGAAAUGGUCAAGCGCGUGAGCAGAAAUAAAGAGGCUGUCAUCGCAGCCCUGGACAAUCAGGAGCACAAACUCGUUUUGCCGACCGCAGCAGAGUGGGAUAAACUGCAGAGGCUGGAGACACUUCUAGAGCCAUGCAGGUAUGUAACUGAGCUCCUGGGUGGAGAGGCCUAUGUCUCCUGUUCUGUGGUACUACCUUCUCUCUGCCACUUGCGUCUCAAGAUGGAAGCCUGUGAUGAGGACCCUGCAUAUGUGGUGAGAUUCAAGACCAAGUUCAAGGAGGACCUAGCAUCCCGUCAAGAACAGCUCAACAAUGCAUGGCUCCAGAUUGCUACAGUUUUGGAUCCUCGUUUCAAAGACUUGAAAUGCCUGCCCAAGACAGACAGGGAAGAGGUGUGGACCACACUUGAAGGGAUGCUGCAACAAGAAUCACCCAGAAGGUCUUCACAGACACAUGAUGAUGGGCCACCCAGGAAGAAAAUCAGCCUUCUGCAAAUGGGCUCAGAUUCAGAUUCAGAAUCAGAAGAUGAAGAGGUCCAACCUGCCAUACAGAGGUACAGAGCAGAGCCCACCAUUAAAUUGGAGGACUGCCCCUUGAGGUGGUGGGCAUCUCAUUCAGGAGCCCAUGAGAAGCUGGCCUCACUAGCUCACAAAUAUCUAGCCACUCCUGCAACCACUGUUCCCUGUGAACGACUUUUCUCAGUUGCAGGUCACAUUGUGAACAAGAAAAGGUCAGCUUUACUUUCAGAAAAUGUGAACAAGUUAGUUUGCCUCAGCAACUGGCUGAAAGAUGAUGAAGCUCAGUAGAUUUGAAA